GCACUACACUGUACUACUACUACUAGUACUAGCAGUAGCACGGAGUAGCACUCUGCACGAUACACCCUCUGCAUGCACACAGAACGCACGCGAUCGCUGGACGAGUUACUUCAUCAGUUCAUGUGACAAUGUACUACAGCCACAGUUGCUCGUGGGACCCACGUUGAUGCGAAACAAACAUACAUCAUGAAUCCUGAAUAUGAGGAGGAUUUGAUUGAGGCAGAAAUCCAACAGCAGUUGAAGUUGCUUACACUUUCAGACGAUGGAAUAACUGUGAACGAUGAUUAUGAGCUCAAAGACAAGCUGGAUGAGGUUGAAAUGGUUGGCAUGGAAUAUGCCGAGUUGGAUGAUGAAGAUGACAAUAUGCCAGACAGUAUUCAGCAAUACCUUAAUAUGGUCAAUAAACGAUCAGAAGGCUUGCAGAAAGACCUGGAGGAAUGCGACAACCUCUUACUGGAUACCAGUACAUUGCAAGGAGGCAGUGAUGAAUUAUACUACCAGUCUACUGAGAUGAAAGAAUUAGCGUUUAUGCUGGGAGAAGAUCCAGAAGAGUUGCGAGACAGGGUUCUGACUGAGGUGGAGAAAGAAGAACGUAAAGAGUCGGAACAUGUGAGGGAUCACAUGACAGAUCAUGUGACAAACCCUGAGACAGACCUGACAGGAGAAGUAAAAGCAAAUACUGGUAGAUCACCAGAACAACAUCAAACAGUACAUACAACAGGUGAUGGGAUAAUAACAAGAGCUGCAGACUCGGAGCAAAAAGCUUGGCAAGACUUGUUGAAGCUUGAUGGUAAACUGAAGCAACAGCAGCUAGAUAUGCAGCAAGACACACAACAUGAAAUCAUGCUGCAAGCAUCAAGAGAUCAAGUCAAGGAUCAGACGAGAUCAGCUAAGUUAAAACAACAUGCUGAUGAGUUGAAGCAAAUGCAGCAGAACAGAAAGGUUGUUGAGGCCAAAGCAGCACAAGAGCUGGAAUUACAAAGCAAGAAAAACCAGGAGGUUCUAAAUAAGCACCAGGCUGACAUUGAGAAAUUUGCCAAAGAAACAGAAGCGGAGAGAUUGGAGUUUGAAUGCCAUCUUGCUGCCGACAGAGAGCUCAAACAGAAAGAAAGAUUGCAUGCAGCUACACUCAUUCAGGCUGCAGUACGCUCAUAUAGAGUAAGAAAGAAGUACAUUUCUCGUUUGAAUCGCUUAAGAGAAGAAAGACACCAACGACAGCUUCAAAAUAGACAGAUGGAGAUUGUUGCUGUGCGUAGAGCUGAAGAGCAGAGAAAGAAACGAGAGAGAGAAGAAAGGAAAAAGAAAGAAGAGGAGGAAAGGAGGAGAAAAGAGGAAAUCCAGACACAGGAAAUUGAAGCAAGGCAGAGGCAAGAGAGACUGCAGAAGGAGAGGAUAGAGCAAGACAGGAAACAAAUGGAGGUGUUGGAAAAACAAAAGAAAGAAGAAGAAAAACAAAGGCGAGACCAGCAACUGAAACAAGAACGGGAAUUAGAGGAAAGAACACAGCAAAUUUUGUCUAAAAUUAAAAAUGAGGGUAGUUUUCCUUCGGGGCUGACUGAUGAGAAAUUGACAGAGAAUGAGACAAUGAAUGAUGAUGCUCAGGAAGUAUUUCUAACCAACAGACAAGAAAUUCAGACAACAUUAGAACAUCAGUACCCUGAUUAUGAAACGGUCACCAAUCAACAUGCCAGCAAUGCAGCAGAAACACCCACAUUGUUAAUUUCAAAAGACCCAUCAGAUACAACAAUGCCAGUCAUUGCUGGUACAGACAUGCUGCUACGCAAUCAUGAGACUAGCUCUUCUGAAGAUAGAAGCCCCACACCAACAUUAGACUUAGCUACAAGUUCUGGUUUAACUGAGAAAGUCAAAGCAGUAGCAACAUGUUUGCAAAGUGCAACUCAAACUAUCCCCUCAGAAACUACAGAUGUGAACUCUGAUCACAAUCCAGUUGUAUUAGACAGUGGCAUUCAAGGUAAUAGUGUCCAAGUGGUGAAUGACAAGAUAAGAUCCACAGAGGAACUCUAUCAUCAAGACAGUAGCACAUCCCCAACUCUUGCUGCAGACAUUGAGGCAAGACGACUACAAUGGAUGCAGAAUUCUGCCUCGUAUAGACCUGUUGUUAGUGAUUUGAGGUCUACUGAGACAAGAAGACCACUGAGGAGAGUCCCGGGUGCCAAUAAGCUGCCUGCUCUGACAUCAUCACAAUUACUUGCUGCUUCACAAUCAGGAACUCAACUCUCACAGGUGACAGUAGUCGUUAUAGAGAAGUCUACGCCUUGCUGCUUGUCCUCUCUGGUUAGUUGUCCUGAUCUCACAUGUCUUCAUCUUCACCGAUGUGGAAUCAUGCUGCUGGAGGCUUUAGACCAUUGUUCAAGUAUCACAUAUAUAGAUUUACAGCACAAUAAAGUUGAAGGAAUUCAUUGCCGAGACAGAACUCGACUUAAACAACUGAUGUUGCAAAACAACAAGCUCACAUCAUCUUAUGGACUAGAGGGAUGCACUCAACUCAGAUAUUUACAGCUGAGUAAAAACAGUAUUACCAGAACAGGGGGUUUGGAGUCUCUUGUUAAUUUAACUCACCUAGACGUGAGUCAUAAUCAGCUAGUCAGCAUCAAUGGCAUUGGUCAGCUCAUUCAUCUCACAGACCUCAACGUAUCACACAACCAUCUAUCUUCUGUACAAGAUCUCCAAACAUGUUGCUUGUUACAGAGUCUAAACAUUGAAAGCAACAGUCUUGUAGAGAUGCCACCAGUGCAGAAUCACGUGUUGCUGAAUGAUCUGAGACUGACUGACAACAGUAUAAGCAGUAUAGUGCCAUUGUGUCAGGCCUGGUUACCACUGCUGCAGUAUGUCUCCAUAGCACAAAAUGGCUUGUCAGAUCUACCAGAUUUGAAGUAUUGUCUUAUGUUGAGAAGAUUUGACAUCAGUCACAACUGCAUAACAGAUAUGGAUAUAAUUGUUAAUGGUUUGAGAGACUGUAAUCAUCUUGAAGAUGUAUGUCUUGAGGGUAAUCCAGUCACCCAGGAUGAUCAGUAUAGGUCUGCUGUGUUGGGUUCUUUAAGAUGGUUGCAUGUACUAGAUAAUGAAGCUAUUAUCAAGCCUAUCUCUGUACCAUCACCAAGGACUCCAUUGGAAAGAAUGUGUUUAUCACAGUUAUAUGCUCAGGAGCAGCUACAUACAACAUAUCAACAGCAUACAGCGUCAUUGACAGGAAAUUCUCCAAGAGACAUCCUGCAAGCAAAUCAAGCAAGAGAUGCAUACUUGGAAAGUAGUUUGGAGCAGGCUAUCAGGCAUCGAUGUAUGCAUGAGACUGGUGAUAUGACAGAGAUUCAACUUGUCUCAUCAAGCAGUAAACAAUCUACAUUGUAUGAACAAUUGUCUAUGCAAAGAAAAGAGGAACGGAGUACAGAUCCAUCCGAUGUCAUGCCAUCAGGUGGAUAUGACUCUAAAGAUGACUACACCAAGAUAACACAGUGUCGUCAUAGUCCUGCAGAUGACUCCGUUAAUACGUUACCGGGAAGACAUGUUCAUGUUGAUUACGUUACAAUGGCAGAAGGCAUGCCGGGUUACCAACACCAGUCUGCAGAUGGCAACUUGAUCCCUGCUCAUAAGGAAAGUCAAACCGAUGAUGUGAUAACACAUGAACGGUCUUCAUUGAACAGUGGAUGCUAUGCUUUGGAGCACAGUAUAACAUCUCCACCAAGCAGUUCUCAAGCAGUGAAUAAAGCAAAGGACUCUCACCCACCGCAGCAUCCAAUCAGUCAUGCAGCAACAGUGAUCCAAGCAAGGUGGAGGGGCUACGUAGUCAGACGAGAUCUGGAUAUCCAUACUAAGCAGGACCUGGCAGCACUACACAUACAGACAUUAUGGAGAGGUUAUAGAGUCAGGAAGAUGGUAGCCGUUGCCAGACAAGCAGUACGUUAUCGUGAUAGUGAGGAUGAGGAGGAUGCUAUGUUAUAUGAUGAGAUAGAUCCUACAUCAUGGGAUGCAGCCCAGGCAAAUGUUGAUAGUGAUUGGUUGGCAUCAGAGACUCCCUGUAUACCAAGAUCUCAUCCUUGUGUACCUGCCACUAAGAAGCCAUGGAGUUCACAUCAAGCAGUCAUUCAGCAUGACAUACCACAACCACCAAGGCAAGCUUGGUAUGCUUCACCCAUACCAAGCACUGUAUACACUAACACAGAUACUCAGACAUCAGUACCUCAUCUAGUCAGCAAACCACCCAUACCACCAGUGCAUUCAAGUCCAGCCAGUGAUACACCUAGGACAACAAAGAGUCAUCGACAAGAUCAGAUAUCAGAGGAAUGGGGCUUCAAAGAUGCUGCAACAGCUGAGUUAAUGAUGAAGCGUGCUAAGAAGUUGUCCAAGGGAAGCAGUGUACACAAGAACAAAACACUCAAUCCUCUGCAGAGAUAUCAACAGAUGAAAAAAGUCCAUGAUUCUGCUAGAGUAGUUCCCUCCCCUAAAAGGGGAGUACAGAGACAGGAGUUCUUCCAAGCUCGGGAACAGGAGAUACAAAAGGCAAUGACAGCGCAGAGAAAGGAGAAAGAACACAAAGAAGCAAGAACAUUUGACUGGGUUCAUAGUCAUGCUGAAGUGCAUAGUGACAUGAUGCAAGAGUGUGGCAGACACAGCAGCAGUGAGCCUAAUCUACCUGCUAUAAGUCCUAAUGCAUUACAAGGAAGAGUCCAACUCAUGGCGAGUCCUUUACUGGAGUUACAGUCAGUUGAUGGUGCUAGUAGUGUAAGCAGUAUGUCACACAGAGCAAGGAGCCAGUCAUUGUCAGCACAAUCACAUGAAGAACUUCGCUUACCAGCAAUAAAGACCAAUUCAGCUCCAAGUGGAAGAAGCCGUGAGAGGCCAGCAGUAGGCGGUAACAGGAACCAGUCUAGAGGAUGGACCAGUAAACGAUGAUGUCUACAUGCUGACAUUGGUCAGGAACCAGUCUAGAGGAUGGACCAGUAAACGAUGAUGUCAACAUGCCGACAUUGGUCAGGAACCAGCCUAGAGGAUGGACCAGUAAACGAUGAUGUCAACAUGCUGACAUUGGUCAGGAACCAGUCUAGAGGAUGGACCAGUAAACGAUGAUGUCUACAUGCUGACAUUGGUCAGGAACCAGCCUAGAGGAUGGACCAGUAAACGAUGAUGUCAACAUGCUGACAUUGGUCAGGAACCAGUCUAGAGGAUGGACCAGUAAACGAUGAUGUCUACAUGCUGACAUUGGUCAGGAACCAGCCUAGAGGAUGGACCAGUAAAC